CCCCUGCGCCCGCAUAUGCUCAGGCCCUUGUGCUGUCAACAGAGACCCAGGCUGCUGACGCGUUGUGCUGCCCCGCUGACGGCGACCUGUCCUGUUGUUCACGGUCGCGCCUUGCUGUCGGCCCGCAGUCCCCACGUCGCGUCAGCUGUGCCGAGGAUGCCGCAGACAAACAAAUCGAGGAACGUGCCCGCGUCCGAGUCCUCCGGCUCUGUGCAAGGAGAGGCGCACCCGGUGUCCCGGCAGGAGUGCACGGCGGCGAGGGACGCAGGGGGAGGAGAGGACAAUGUUGGAGAUGGCGAGAUCAUCAAGUCCCCCAGUGACCCCAAACAGUACAGACACAUCGUGCUGGACAACGGCCUGCGAGCUCUGCUCAUCUCCGAUUACAGCGGUCCGGCUGGAUCUGAAGACGAGGACUCUGAUGGAGAAGAUGAAGGCGAAGAGGAGGAGGAGGAGGAAGAGGAGGGCGACGAAUCUGGAGAGGAAACUGAGGAAGAAGACGACGACAAUUACGACGACGACGGGAGGGGCAGUGAUGAUGAUGAAGAUGAUGACGAAGGGAAAAAGAAAAGAAAUGCAGAGAAACAGUCUGCAGCAGCGCUGUGUGUAGGAGUGGGUAGCUUCAGCGACCCAAGUGACCUCCCUGGCCUGGCUCACUUUCUGGAGCACAUGGUGUUCAUGGGCAGCGAGAAGUACCCCUCGGAAAAUGGCUUUGACGCUUUCCUCAAAAAACACGGCGGGAGCGACAACGCCUCAACCGACUGCGAGAGGACCGUCUUCCAGUUUGACAUCCAGAGGAAAAACUUCAAAGAGGCUCUUGACAGGUGGGCUCAGUUCUUCAUCUGCCCCCUGAUGAUCCGUGACGCCAUCGAUCGGGAGGUGGAGGCCGUUGACAGCGAGUACCAGCUGGCUAAGCCGUCAGACUCCCACAGGAAGGAGAUGCUGUUCGGCGGUUUGGCCAAACCUGGACACCCUAUGGGCAAGUUCUGCUGGGGGAAUGCGGAGACGCUAAAGCACGAGCCAAAGGAGAAGAAGAUCAAUGUCUACAAGCGACUACGUGCUUUCUGGAAGAAGCAUUACUCUGCUCACUACAUGACUCUGGCUGUGCAGUCUAAAGAGAAGCUGGACACUCUGGAGAAGUGGGUGAGGGAGAUCUUCAGCAAGGUGCCUAACAAUGGUCUCUCCAAGCCAAAUUUCUCCAACCUGCUGGAUCCCUUUGACACGCCAGGUUUUAACCGGCUUUACCGAGUCGUCCCUGUGAGAAAAGUUCAUGCCUUGAAUAUAACUUGGGCCCUCCCCCCUCAGGAGAUGUACUACAGAGUGAAGCCUCUCCACUACAUCUCUUGGCUGAUUGGCCAUGAAGGCACAGGAAGCAUCCUCUCAGUGCUCAGGAAGAAGUGCUGGGCCUUGGCUUUGUUCGGAGGGAACAGUGAAACUGGCUUUGACCAAAACACCACCUACUCCAUCUUCUCCAUCUCCAUCACCCUCACGGAUGAAGGUUUCCAAAACUUCUACGAGGUGACUCACUUGGUGUUCCAGUACCUGAAGAUGCUGCAGACACUUGGACCACAGCAAAGAGUGUAUGAAGAGAUUCAGAAGAUUGAAGCAAACGAGUUUCACUAUCAGGAGCAAAUUGACCCUAUAGAGUACGUCGAGGACAUUUGUGAGAACAUGCAGCUCUUCCCCAAAGAAGACUUCCUGACAGGAGAUCAGUUGAUGUUCGAGUUUGACCCAGAAGUGAUCAGUGGAGCUUUGUCCCUCCUUACCCCUGAGAAAGCCAAUCUGAUGCUGCUGUCGCCAGAACACGAGGGCCAGUGUCCCCUCAGGGAGAAGUGGUUUGGCACACAAUACAGCGUGGAAGACAUCCAGCAGGAGUGGAUGGAGCAGUGGACAGGAAACCUGAAGCUCAACAGUGAGCUCACUCUUCCGGCGGAAAACAAGUUCAUCGCCACUGAUUUCACCCUGAAGCCGUCUGACUGCCCAGACACUGAGUUUCCCGUCCGGAUAGCAGACAGCGAAAGGGGAUGCCUGUGGUACAAGAAGGACAACAAAUUCAAAAUCCCUAAAGCCUACAUCAGAUUCCACUUAAUCUCUCCUGUAAUCCAGCAAUCUGCCAAGAAUGUGGUCUUGUUUGACCUGCUGGUCAACAUCCUAGGCCACCACCUCGCCGAGCCGGCUUACGAGGCUGACGUGGCCCAACUGGAGUAUAAACUGACGGCCGGUGAGCACGGCCUGGUCAUCAAGGUUAAAGGAUUCAACCACAAACUGGCCCUGCUGUUCCACCUGAUCAUUGACCACCUGACUGAUUUCUCUGCCUCCCCUGACGUCUUCAGCAUGUUCACUGAGCAGCUCAAGAAAACCUACUUCAACAUCCUCAUUAAACCUGAGAAACUCGGCAAGGAUGUGCGCUUGCUGAUCUUGGAACACUCCCGCUGGUCCAUGGUGGAGAAGUAUCAGGCUCUGACGGACGGUCUGACCACCGACGAGCUGAUGGACUUCAGCCGCAAUUUCAGGGCCGAGCUGUACGCGGAGGGACUGGUCCAGGGCAACCUGAGCAGCGCUGAUUCGGAGCAGUUCCUGCAGUAUGUCACAGCGAAGCUGCAGUUUUCCAAGCUGCCAGCAGAGGUGCCGGUGAUGUUUAGAGUUGUGGAGCUUCCUCUGAAACACCACAUCUGUAAGGUCAAAUCACUCAGUAAGGGAGAUGCCAACUCUGAGGUCACUGUUUACUACCAGUCUGGCCCAAAGCUCUUGAGAGAACACACACUGAUGGAGCUGUUGGUGAUGCACAUGGAGGAACCGUGCUUUGACUUCCUCCGGACCAAAGAGACUCUCGGGUACCACGUCUACCCCACCUGCAGAAACACCUCAGGCGUUCUGGGUUUCUCCGUCACCGUGGAAACACAGGCCACAAAGUUCAAUACCGAGCUGGUGGAGUUAAAGAUUGAAGAGUUUUUGGCGUCUUUUGGAGAGACGCUCAACUCACUUUCUGAGGAGGCCUUCAGUACCCAGGUGACUGCUUUGGUGAAGCUGAAGGAGUGUGAGGACACACACCUGGGGGAGGAGGUGGACAGGAAUUGGGCCGAGGUGGUCACACAGCAGUUUGUGUUUGACAGGCUCAACAGAGAGAUUGAGGCUCUGAAGAAGAUGACCAGAGCUGAGCUCAUCUCCUGGUUCAAAGAACAUCAAGGACAGAACAGCCGCAAACUCAGCGUGCACGUGGUGGGGUUCGGUGCCGAAGAGAAGGACUGUGAGGCUGGCGACGAGAAGCAAGAAAAGGAGGAUUCAAGUUGCUCCACCUACGGCGAGGUGUCCAAGCUCACCUUCCUGCCCGCCUCACCCAGGAUUGCGGGCGCCGUCGCCAUCAUGGACAUCUCUGCUUUCAUUGAAGGCCUGCCCCUCUUUCCCUACCACAAGAUAGUCGAAUGAACUCCUGCUCAGACUGUGACACACACACAGACGGCGGUGCUUUGCCUCUCACUGAGCAACGUUCAGGGACGGUCGCUUAAGGAUAAGGAAAGUUAGGAAUGGCUUUGGCUCCCCUCUGAACCUGGACUCUGCCUCCAGGGCUCAGUUGUAGUUUUUACUCACACUGUGUGCACAGGCAAAAGGCCCGCUAGUGAUGAUAGGGUGUUCUUUUAGCCAAGUGGUGAUCUGUUUUGCUGUUUUACCCUCAAUUAUUUUAUUUCCUCAAACACGGGUAGCAUGGGAGCGCUCCGUCUAUUACUCUAUCUCACUCUUCUGGUUUGGCUGCGAUUGCAUCUAUAAAUCCCCGUCUUUUCCACUGUUUGAGGAGCGGCAAAUCAAGUUUAAUGCCUUUUUUUAAAACCCAUCAACUGUGAAAACUGCAGAAAUGCUGAGUGCUUUGACUCCAGAUGUGUCUUUGAGUGAAUGUAUGCAGGAUUUCAAUCUCUGCUGUGCACUAACGUUAUUAGCUGACCCACAUCAUGCCCUAGUAUGAAACCGCAAAGAGAAUAAAUCAAUGAUUGACCGAAUGAAGCAAUGUGCUGACUGCAGAAAACAUACUUGACUCUACCCAAACCUGUCAAAUGUUAGGUCUGUAAUUUUGGUUUAUUUAGAUGUAUUUCAAUUGAUUUUCUCUUAAAGGCUCAGACUAAAGGUGAAAGCAAUUUACAAUAUAUAUUUUUUGUCAUCGCCAGUUUAUCUGAUACUUUAACAUACAAACUAGUAUUGCUGGGAUCCACUGGGCUCAAAUCAAGCACGUAUUUCUUUUCAAGGUCUGAAGUGUUUGCAUGAUGGUGACUCAGUAUUGCGUCAGCUCUUUCAUCGCUACAGGUUUCAUUUAUGUGUAAAAUGGUUCAUUCAGAUACUCCCAGGCUCUUUACCUUCAUCUCCCCGAGGAAGAGGUUGUUGCAGGCGAUACUGUGCAGGACUCGUGGCUGGCGACACUCUGCUCUGUUGAAUGUGAUUCAAAAACCAAUCCGGUGCCCAGCACAGCAGAGCGUGUUAACAUAAUCGAGUAAUUCGCCCGCGGGGAAUCCUCACACCGUCGCAAGGCUUUCACCUGCGGUAGCCUCGCACAAAAUGGUAAUCGUGCGACCUGCACGAUUGGUGGCAAACAAAUCUGUCCGCAAUUAAACGCGUUGUUGUUACUGCAGGUCCGCUGUAUGACCGAAGGUAUAUGAUCCCCAAAUUGUUUUGACUAUUUGAUACAAAACCAUAACGACCUAUGCUUUUUGGGGGGGGGGGGGUUUCCACCACAUUUUGGGACCAGGCUACAGGGUUUAUUUUCUAAUGUCUCCCUUUAGCUAAACUAUUCUAGUUAUGAGUAAGUUAGCGGAGAUACCUGGUUUAAAGUUGGGAUCAGGUUCACACACUCUGUGAUUUCUUUUUCUUUUUGAGUCUCAAGUCUUCUUCAGGGUUUCAGAUCUGGAAUUAAUGUUAGUUAUGAGGGUGACAUUUGAAUACAGUGCUUUUGUUAAGAGAUGAAGGCUGUAAGGAAGUAGCAGCAUGUUAUCAAUGCACAGUAAUACAUAAGAGUUUUAUGGCAUCAAUAACAGGACAGGAGACAUUUUUAAGGGAGCACAAUAUAAAAAAAUGAAUUAAAUUUCAUCCUGUGGGAUAGAUUGCAGUGCGACCUUUCCAGUUCUUGAUAAUGCGUUAUACUCAAAAACUUGCAAGGCCUACAGUAUGUACAUUUACACUACUGCAAAGUCCCACAGAGAUUUCAAGGGGGUGACAAACCAAUUUCACUUUCAGAUUAUUGCUGUCUGAGCUCUGUGGAGGGUACAACAUAUUAAACAUGUGACACUUGGCCCACAGUACAUAAGGAAUUAUGUGUGUUUUAGCUUCAUGAAAGCUUCGGUUCUUCUUGCACUACCAGUAUACUUCAACUAAAGUGUGUGUACUGUGAUCCUAAACCACCUUUUAUAUAGAGGAAAACCCUUACGCUUAAACACACUGCUACUCUGAGGAAAUGGAUGUCACACGAGUGUUUAGGCGAGAAUAAAACACUGUUUUGCAAUUUGA